GAAAUUUCAAGAACUGUCUGGAAAACAAUACUGUGCAUAUCCACAUAUACAAAGGUAAUUCAUUCAUGCCUUCUUUUCACGUUUAAAACCUGGCGCUGCGAAUGUGAACAAGCUAUCUCCCUCAUUACUGUACAAAGUUGUUAGUACUAGCCCCUUUUUGGCAUCAUAAACUGCAUCAGUGGCAGACAGCCAAGUUACGACCACCGAGACAUCUAGGUAUCUCUGAUGCCUGUGGAAGUGAUAGAGAGCCCAGAAGUUACUACCGCUUGCUGCAGAAGGCAGAGCAUCAUUCCUUUGUCCCUUUGCAGCUCAAGGAGGCAGCAUCAGAUGCCAGAGGUGAGACCAAAGGCUGGCACACAUUCUCACCCUUUCUGCUUUUCCAGCUCUGUUGCUCUAAUUCAGAGAAAACGAUGUCCUCCUAGAACACACUCUAAGGAUCCACGCGCAGAAUCCGAGAUGUAUAUAAUCUCGUGGCGGUUAUCCAUUGGCUGCAUCAGGAAUUCUUGUGGAUAAUACUCUACCAUCGUCCUGCCUGGCCUGCUGAUCGAGCUAACUAGCUAGGUAGCGUUGGUUCAUGCAAAUGCCGUUCUGCUCUAUGCUGUGGGACAGGAGUCCGACCCCGCCGGAGGACGCCAUCACCAUCAAUGGCACCGUGGUGGUCGCCAAAAACUUCGGCCUGUCGGCGCCGGGAAAGUCCACCACCCUGCGCCUGUUCAGCGGCACGCAGAUCGAUCACGGGACAAGGAAGGGGAAGCUGAGCACGGAGGCGGCGCUGCGGGGCGGCAAGAAGAGCAAGCACGGGAAGACGAGCACGAUGACGUACCAUGUGACGUUCGUGGUGGAGGCCGAGUUCGGCACGCCGGGAGCCGUGGCCGUCAAGAACGGCAACCGCGCCGACCAGUUCUUCCUCCGCCAUGUGAGGCUGGAGCUCGCACACGACCGGAGCAUCCACUUCGAGUGCAACUCCUGGGUGUACCCCUACAAGAAGACCAACUCCGACCGCCUCUUCUUCAUCAACACGAGCUACCUGCCUUCCAAGACGCCGGAGGCGCUGCUGCUGCUGCGGGACGAGGAGCUGAGGAGCCUGCGAGGGAACGGGAGGGGAGAGAGGAAGGACUGGGAACGCAUCUACGACUACGACUACUACAACGACCUCGGCAACCCGGACAAUCCAGACCACGUCCGGCCGGUCAUGGGCGGCACCAGGAUGCAUCCCUACCCGCGCCGCUGCCGGACAGGCCGCGCCCUCAGCAAGACAGACGAGGUGACGGAAACGCGCAAGCACAUGAUCAACCUGGACUUCUACAUCCCGCCGGAUGAGCGGUUCAGCCCGGGAAAGCUGGCCGAGGUGUUGACGCUCGGGGUGCAGGCGGUGACGCACUUCGUGGUCCCGGAGAUGAAGACGAUGAUCCAGGGCAAUAACUUCAAGUCCAUUGAGCUGCUCACCAGGGACCUGUACACCAAGCCCUCGCAGCCGGCGGCGGACGGCGAGGUCAUGGAGCAGCUCAAGACCUCCGUGCCGUCCAAAAAGACCUACAAGCAGGUGGCCAAGAACGUCAAGGACACUCCCGUCAAGUUCCCCAUUCCACAAGUUAUUCAGCACGACCUUGAGGCGUGGAGGAGCGACGAGGAAUUCGCCAGGGAAAUGCUUGCUGGUCUCAAUCCUGUUGCGAUCAAGAGAUUACAAAAGUUUCCACCCGUUAGCAGUGGUGGGAAGAAGAGCUCGAUAACGGCCCAACAUGUUGAGAGCCAGUUUGCAGAUGUAACCAUUGAAAUGGCAAUGCGCCAGAACCGGCUGUACAUCCUGGAUCACCAUGACUACCUGAUGCCGUACCUGAGGCGCAUCAACACGCUGGGCGUGUGCAUCUACGCGUCGCGCACCCUGCUCUUCCUCAAGUCCGACGGCACCCUGAAACCAGUCGUCAUAGAGCUGAGCCUGCCUGCUACGGACGGCGGCGACGGCGAGAUCAGCAGGAUCUUCCUCCCCGCAAGCCACGGCACCGACGCGCACCUGUGGCAGCUCGCCAAAGCCCACGUCUCCGUGAACGAUUCAGGGUACCAUCAGCUCAUUAGCCACUGGCUCUUCACGCACGCCGCGGUGGAGCCGUUCGUCAUCGCCACCAAGAGGCAGCUCAGCGCCAUGCACCCCAUCCACAAGCUCCUGGAGCCGCACUUCAAGGACACCAUGCAGAUCAACACCCUCGCCAGGAGCAUCCUCCUCAACGCUGGAGGCAUCCUCGAGAGGACCAUGUACCCUGGCAGGUACGCACUGGAGAUGUCGUCCGCCAUCUACGGGGACUGGAGGUUCACCGAGCAGUCCCUUCCCAACGAUCUCGUCAGGAGAGGGAUGGCCUCCAGAGACCCUGCCAUGCCCGGCGGCCUCUCGUUGCACAUCGAGGACUACCCGUACGCCGUCGACGGCCUUGACGUCUGGCGCGCCAUCGACGGCUGGGUGCGCAGCUACUGCGCCCACUUCUACCACCACGAUACGGACGUCGAGGAAGACACCGAGCUGCAGGCCUGGUGGGACGACGUCCGCUCCGUGGGACACGGCGACCGGCAGGGCGACCCGGCGUGCUGGCUCACCCUGGACAGCAUCGACCACCUAGCCGAGACGUUGUCCACCCUUGUCUGGAUCGCCUCCGCGCUGCACGCGGCCGUCAACUUCGGCCAGUACGGCUACGCGGGGUUCCCGCCCAACAGGCCCACCCGGUGCCGCCGGUUCGUGCCGCUGCCGGGGUCGCCCGAGAUGACGCAGCUGGAGGCCGACCCGGACAAGUUCUUCCUCGAGAUGAUACCCGACAGGUUCACCGCCACGCUCGGGCUGGCGCUCAUCGAGGUGCUCUCCAACCACACCUCCGACGAGGUCUACCUCGGCCAACGCGCCACCUCCACGUGGACGGACGACGGCGAGCUGCUGCGGCUGCUCGACCGGUUCCGAGAGGAGCUCAGGAGGGUGGAGAAGAGUGUCACGGAGAGGAACAAGGACCCGCGGCUAAAUAACCGGAGGGGUCCGGUCAAGGUGCCAUACACGCUGCUGUUCCCGGACGUCGCCGGCACGGAGAAGGGACUCACCGGAAGAGGGAUACCAAAUAGCGUCUCCAUAUGAUCCAUCCAUCCACAUGCUGUAUAUAUAGUGCUAUCUACUUUUGGUUUGGUUUGGUGGUCUUCUUUUCGAGUCUGGGAUUUCUUUGUUGGUUUCAGCUUUUGAAAAUUGA